CAAACAUAUAAAACAGUUGAUCACACAAGUUUCAAAGUUCGCAUGAAAGCAGUGCAUAUUGGUUAUACGAUGAAUAUAAACAAUAUUUCUAAACGAGGAACUAUUACCGUGUAAGGCACAGCGAGGUACGAUAUUAUGAUAUACAUGUAUAGAUCAUUAUUUACAAGCAAAACACGGAAAACUAAAGCAGAGGUCAAUGGAAGUUUAUAGAAUACUUUGAAUAUGUACGCAUUAUUUUGUAUAUUAGCUUUUUUCAGUGUCAUCGAUGCAAAGCCAGAAGUGGUGACAUACGAUCUGGGAGAAGAUUUGAUCUAUCCAUUAUACUGCAGAGUGGAUGAUAUUCGCAGAACCUCUUGGAAACGAGAUGACAAUCUGAUAACCUUUGGUAAAAUGGUUUUUAAAGACAAAGACAGAAUAUCAAUUGAUUCUUCGAGACCACUGGAAUAUAAUUUAAAGAUGACGCAAAUGUCAAAGAAUGAUGAAGGAAAUUAUUCAUGCACAGCUGGGGAAAAGACAUUUGGAAGCUACUUUCUGAAAGCUAAAGAGUCAGCAUCAAUUCCGACAGUCAUUUCUAACAUAACCAGCAUGGUAGGAGAAACAGUUCUUCUCUGGUGUAAUGCCACCGGUUAUCCGGAACCUACAGUUACCUGGUAUGCAUACCAGCAAACAGAGUCUGGGGAAAAACUUAAAAAUAUAGGAAUCAGUGGGAACAUGCUUGGUAUACGUAACAUAUCCCGAAACUGUAAUACUAUAUAUCAGUGUCAGGCAAUAAACAGUUAUAGAAUGAAGAAACCCGUGGCGAAAAACAUUACACUCAGGGUUGACUUUUUUCCUGACGUCUUUGUCCAUAAUGAAAUUAACGGAAAUGAAAUCUCAAAUGGCGGUUCCAUUCUGGGGAGAAAACAAGACAGCGUGGUCCUGUCCUGUUCGGUAUAUGCCGUCCCUCCACCCAAUGUGACGUGGUCCAGGGAUAACAUAACAAUAGGAACAUACCACCAUGUUAACGGUGCAAUUGAAAAAUCCCAGAAUAAUAAUACUUUCUUGUACGAAUUGAAAACAGAGCCGUUACAGAUCAAAACAGGGAUUUCUCUUACGCUGGACUUUCAGUUGGAUGCUGAUUACACCUUUGCUAGUUACCACUGUGACGCAGAGAAUGAAGUAGGAUCUAACAGGAAAACUGUGAAAAUUAAACAUGUUCAGAAGCGUUAAUA